UCUCACCCAAGCUCGACGUUUUCGCAAUUCGCGCCGCAAUCUACUGGAGAACAUGUUUUUCCGUUUCUUUCGGUAAAUUCCAUUCAAGUUCAAGUGCGAUCGCAUCCUUACACAUUCGUCAUGUCGCAGUCUUGUUCUGUGAUGAGAGAAUAAUACACGAGGAAAAAUAUCACUUGGCCAAGUGAUCAAAGAAUGAGGCAAGAGAUGCAGUUAAGAAGCAUUACAAGUAAUGAAAAUCCCAACAGAAGGAGCGAGUAUCGAUAAGGGAGAUCUUUUCAAGCGAAAUGAUGAGUAAAGCGUUAAUUGGACUGAACCGCAGCUAGCUUCCAGCGAGAGACCGUAUCAUGCUACGGAGCAUUGCCCAGUCCAGCAUAUUUUUCGCCUUUCUCUUAGUGGCGGUUGAGCCGAAAGGCGGGUCCAAUCGCAACCGCGUGAAAUUGAGGCAAAGCAACAAUCACGCCAACAUAAGCGAGCUGCUCGACAAUCUGCUGCGAGGCUACGACAACAGCGUCAGGCCCGAUUUCGGGGGUCCGCCCGCCGUCGUCGAGGUUGACAUAAUGGUUCGCAGCAUGGGUCCCAUUUCCGAAGUCGAUAUGACUUACUCGAUGGAUUGUUACUUUCGUCAAUCGUGGGUGGACAGAAGACUGGCGUUUCAGAGCGGCAAGGAGACCCUGGCCCUGUCCAUUUCGAUGCUCGCCCGAAUCUGGAAGCCCGACACGUACUUCUACAACGGCAAGCAGAGCUACCUCCACACCAUCACCAGUCCAAACAAAUUCGUCAGGCUGUAUCAGGAUGGACGGGUACUCUACAGCUCGAGGUUGACCAUUAAAGCUGCUUGCCCGAUGAAUUUGGAAGAUUUUCCAAUGGAUACCCAAAGAUGUCCGCUUAAAUUCGGCAGUUAUGGUUACACGACUCGCGACGUGAUCUAUCGAUGGAAUAGCGCACGUCAAGUGGCCAUAGCGCAUGACAUGAAGCUGUCGCAGUUCGAUCUCGUUGGCAACCCGACCGCAAAUCAAACCGACUCAACGCUCUCUCAAAAUUCAAUCGUUGCAGAAUACUCGAUGCUACUCGUCUCUUUUCACCUGAAGCGACACAUGGGCAACUUUCUAAUUCAAGUUUAUGGGCCCUGCACACUGCUCGUUGUUCUCUCCUGGGUUUCUUUCUGGCUUAAUCGGGAGGCCACUGCCGAUCGUGUUUCACUUGGUAUCACAACGGUGUUGACGAUGACAUUCCUCGGGCUCGAAGCUCGAACCGACCUGCCAAAAGUGCCCUAUCCAACGGCCCUGGACUUUUUCGUUUUCCUCUCGUUCGGCUUCAUCUUCGCUACUAUCAUACAAUUCGCUGUGGUACACUAUUUCACGAAAUACGGUUCAGGCGAGUGCUACUUCGGCGUCGAACCGGAAAACGAUCUCGAUGACGAAGACGACGACGAAGACGAUGACGAGGCCGAGAGCGAAACGAGCGACUGUCAUGCGAGCGCGAGAGAGGCCUCGUCGGACAUCGGACAGCGGCAUCGAGCCAGGCGAAAACACCAAGUUGCCGCGGCAGUGGCAGCGGCUGUCGUCGCGAGGCACCAUCAUCAUCAUCAUCAUCAUCGGAGUCGACGCAUGCCAAGAUUCAAUUCGGUCUCAAAAAUCGAUCGAGCGAGUAGAUUGGUUUUUCCCCUUUUUUUUCUCGCAAUAAAUUUAUUUUAUUGGUUUGCUUAUCUAUCGCGUAGUAAACGCAUCGACUACUUCUAGUGCACUGCAACGUGUACAUUCGAGUGUGCGAGGGUGUGUGUGUGUGUGUGUGUGUGUGUAUUUGUGUGUACAUACGUUGGUAAGCGAUUUACCGAGAUUGACUGAUUAAUUGAUACGGAUGAUUUCUUUACUUUUUUUCUCGACAGCUCUUCGCCCAGCGCAUUGCUAUAGAUAUAACACUGUACAUUGUCCUGGACACGCGAGAGUAAACAAUAGAUGCUACCUUACAAUAUGUAUGAGUAUUUCCGCUAUACUUUUACAGUAAGAGUUCUUGAAAAAUUAACACAACAAUUUUGACACAUAAUGUUAGAAAUGAAUUUUUCUUAAUAUAUAUAAAAAAUAUUAACUGGAAAAAGACCCCUAACUCCUUUUCAUGCGCAGUCUUUUUUGGAAUAUCAAUUUUUUUAGUGAGUUAUGGCACCAUUCACAAAUAUUAAAUCAUAUGCAAAAUUGUCGAUUUCAAGACACAUACGUUCGAUUGAGCUCAUUUUUUAAGUAAAACUUCUUUACAUGCGUUGAGUAUGUCGUCUGUUGUCAAUCAUCUUUUACAAGAUAUAUGUAAAAAUGUGCAAAAAACUUUUUUUUGAAAAUAUUGGAUUCGUUUAGAAAAUAUCCAAGAAAGUUUCCAAAACUUUUUUCAGUACCCUUUUUUAAUUUCAAUUUUCCAAAAUUACAUAAAAAAGGAAGAAUCGGGUAAAUUUUUAAAGAUGUCCGACUCAAGUAAAUCUGUGUUGUGCACGAGUUCGUCAGAUUUUAAAAGUAAGAAGGAAUUAAUCAAAUAUGUAUGAAUUGCGCGUAAACCGUAAAUGAAUCUGCUACUAAAUAAUUAAUUGACAAUUUACAUUGAUAACCGAUCAAUGAAUCGGCCACUCUCCGCGCUUACUUAGCCAUUACCGAAGAAGGAAGGAAGAGAGAUAAAGAGAUAAAUGCAUUGCGUAUGAAAAGUCCACCAAUUCGAGAAAAUUUAAUGCAAAACUUGCCAAUUCUAGGCAAUUGACAUAGUUCUAUGGUGAAUAGCGUGUUAUAAAGUUUCCAAAAUUGAUGUGCGAAUAAACGCCGCUCUGUUGCGGCAACGUCAUGGGAUUCAUAGAAAACGUAACGACAAACUAGUCCAAAGAAAAUUUUAAAAACUAAAGCGAUUUUUUCAUUGAAUGAAUAUUUAUAUAUUUUGUAAACCAGCGGCAUUGUAAUUCCAGAAGUGUAAUUGUGAGAAUAUUAUAAAAAUGAAUUUAAAAUUAACUCAGUUUAAUGAAAAGAUAUAUAUAAAUACAUAAGUAUCAUAACAUGAAAGAGUUGAAAAUCCCAAAAAAUGAAGUUCUCAUUAGCUAUGACUCUUAAAGAAUACAUUAAAAAAUAACGAUUUCAAACAUUGUAGCCCUAUCCAACCCUCUCAUCGAUCCAUCGACUAGGCUCAAAGUUAGAUUUUCAUUUCAUAAAUUUCAUUUUGCUUUUAUGGGGUAAGUAUAGGAAAAUAACAAAAUGACAAUAUAGUACGAAAUAUAGUGAACGAAAAUGACAAAAUAGUAUGAAAGUCCAAAAAUAAACUUGUUCGUCUCUUCCAAAUGGCCCAGCAUUAUAUUCUUAACAACAAAAAUCACUAUUAAAAUAUUGAUUUAUACUCUACCCAUAAAAGCAGAAUAAAAUUGUAAGAUGGAAUUUCAACUUUUAAAAGUACAUACUUUGAAUUUAAUUUUUUCAGUUCACUUUUUGAAUUUUCAACUCUUUCAUAUAUUGUGUACCAGAAACGUGCGACUGCUUAAAACUUUUAUAUGUAUAAAUAGUGAAUGUAUGAAAAUGAGAUUCGAUAUUAGAUUCAAUUAUACUUCAAGGAAAGAUGCAUAAAGAUGAAUAAGUGCAACGUGAAAACAAGUACAUCAGAACAUUUCUCUAGCAAAAUUUAUCGAGUUGAUUUGUCAAUAAAGUAUGCACGAGUAUGGGUUUUAACAAUAAACAAAGUCAAGAAAACGUCAAGUUCUAUGUAAUGAACACCGUUUAUAGAGUAAUAAUAGUAUAUUAUUACUCUAGGGUUUUAACAAUAAACAAAGUAAAGAAAACGUCAAGUUCUGUGUAAUGAACACCGUUAAUAGAGUAAUAAUAGUAUAUUUUGCACCAAAGGAGGGAAAAACUGGAAA